AUGAGUUUGGUUUGGCGUCGGAUAUCCCGGGUGAACAAAAGGGCAGCGAAGUUCAAGUUCGUUGUCACGGCCAAGGAAUUGAUCUUAGAUUGUGCUCCGAAAUGGAGACCCGAAACUGUCGUGGUUUCUCUAAUGCAUCGGUAAGUGUAUUAUCAACCUUUUUAUUAUUUUAGACGCCGAAAAUACUGUUCAAAACAAAGGAAGAUAGAAUGGAGUUUUGACAACCCAAAUCGAGCGAUUGUAAUCUGGCCGGAAAGUGGAUUUGAUCCGAUUCAUAUGGUUACCACCUUAUUUAGAGACCAAGACAAGGAUCAGUUUGACAAUAAGGUAUGGCUGAUGCUGUGUGUAUUUUAUUGAAGAUUUAGGAAUGGACAUUAGUGGUGGAAGAAGUUGAUGUGAAGGGGAAGAAAAGGCCGUUGGCCGCGAUCCCAAUUAAUGUCCGCCUGUUUAUUACGGAUUUACCCGGUACGAAGAUGGAGGCCAAAUUCAAGUUAAGGCCGUUGAGGAAAGAAAUCAGACAAUGUACUUUCCAACUCGAUUUACAAAGCGCCUUGCUGAGAGAAGGAUCAAUUAGGUAUGUUAAUAUCAGUUUGAAUUUUAAGAAACAUACUCCUUAAAUUUUAACAUCAUAGAUUUUCAGAGAAGAUGACUUGCAAAGUCUGGCAUCAAAUGCUUCUUUGGCGGAUCAGCAACUAAUAAAUUCUCGAGAACAAAGUUUGGACAGAGCGUUUGCUGAUAACAGAUUGAUUGAAAAGAAUAUAUCCCCGAUUAAGGAGAGGUUGGAACCACAAGAAGACGUAACGGAAAUUAUUACCAAGAUCUCCGACGAUAUUCAGAAAUGGACGGAUUAUGCAAAUGCAGAAGCAGACAAAUCCGCUAAACCUGGUAAGUUAUUCAGUGAAACUUAGGUACCUAAAAUUGACUGAAGGGUCUGAAAACACAAUGAUUGAUUUUUCAGAUAUAGUUCAAACUCGAGAUACAGCCCCAUCGCCUACAAGAGCAUCUUUAAAGGAGAAACCAUCAGACAUACAACAAGAAAUACCCGUGGAAAAGCAUUCCCCACCUCCAAAAAUUGCUGGAGAACCACUUUUGGAUUGGUGUCAGAGGAUAACAAAGGGAUACAAGAACGUCUUGGUUAAGGAUUUCACGUAUGUUUUACAUGCUUUAUUAGUUCAUUGUUCUUUAGAAAAAGUUUUAAGACUGGGCUCGCCUUUUGUGCACUGAUCCAUCAAUAUCGACCAGAUCUCAUCGGAAGAUACGAAAGUGUCGAAUUCUCUGAAACAAAUCAAAGUUACAAGAGAAACUGCCGUAGGGCAUUUGAUGCAGCCAAAGAACUUGGGGUGACUAGGUAAGGAUUUGUAUAGUAGGUACCUAUUUUUGUUCUAGAGUGUUGGAUGAAUCCGAGGUUGUAACAUUGCCAGAUCGACAUCAAAUCCAAGGUUUUCUGAUUCAACUGAGAAGUUUCUUAGAGGAUGGCAUUGAAGCAGUCAACGCCGAUCAGAUCUACAGAACUCCGGUGCAGGAUUCGUCAGAUCACAGAAUUUCGUAUAUGUUGACAUUAUCUAAAGACGAAAGUGAUGCUGCAGAAGGGCUGGAAAAGCUGAAAAGCCUUCGAAAAGUGAGCAAGGUAAUUAUUUGGCUUUUCACUAUUUUGAAUUGUUUUAGGGGGAAGAUGACACAUAUGCAUCCAAAACCAACAGUGGAAUGAACACCCCAUUGCUCAGUCGAAAACAGUAUAACGAGGCUAGUGAUACGGAGUUUGAUAACAUGGAGGAGGUUAAGAAUUUGGCUGAGUUAGUGAUUUAUUUUCUACUUUGUUUUAGUUUGAAAUUUGAUUACCUUUUCAUAUUUUUAGUGAUGUCCACAACACGCCGUUCCCCAAAUCUUCCACAGUGGAUAGAAGAGAUCAACUCCGACAGAAAGCGCGUGAAUUACUCGACAAUCCACUGGUGAUGACAUCAACCCCAGAGAAAGAUCAAGAUCGGCAACAGAGAUUACAAGCAGAGGCACGUCGGUUACUGUCAAGUGUGGGGGUGGAUAAUGGAAAUGGUAAGUUAAUAAGAUUUUUGAUGAAUGUUUUGUUGUUUUUUAUUUUUUUGUGAUCUUCGGUUAGAUUGGUUAUGUUGAAGUGAACCUUUUUUAUUUGUUUGUAAUGUUAUUCAUGUCCUGAUUGUUGUAUUGGUUUAGCCUUGUCCCCGAUUGGUGGUCCCUUGAAAAGAAGUGCUUCGAUUCGUUCGAAUUCGUCCAUGGGAUCGAAUUCUGAUCUCAGAACUUUGGGUAUGUUGUGAUGACUCUAUUGUGUUUAGUUAUUACUUUUAUUUGUUGAUUGGAAAUCGUUGUGAUGGAAGUAUUGUGACGUUUGUUUUUUAGGUCUAAUCCAAACCCAGACCAACUUCAGAUCAUUUAAAAAGGUCGGCCCAUCUCCUGUCUUGAAUCGGAAACAAUGUAAGUUGUGAUGUAAAUCUGUUGUUGUUAUGGGUAAGGUGUUUUUAAAUCAUAUUCUGUAUAUUCUAAAAUAUCCUUUUUUCCAGAUGACAGCCCAAUUCUGCCAGCGUUUGGACGUGGAAACGAUGUAAGUGCUAGUUUUUCAAAAAGUUUGACCCAUUUUUAUGUUGUAAAUAACUUGUUAUCGUACUAAUGUUGUGGUUGUGCAGACUUCUAAGGACGAGCUCCUGAACUCGGCCUUUGAUCGGAUGAAGAGAUUCGGCAGUAUGAGGACGCAGGAACUAACCGAGAGCAUUAAUAUGUUGAUCAACAAAGUAAUAUUUUAACAUUGUAGUUGGUUACGGUAGUGUCGGUGUGAAAAUUAUUGCUCGUUAUUGCUUUAUUACAAGACAUUUGUUUAGGAGUUUGACCGGCGUCUGAACCGAACUCUUGACUCCACGGAUCAUACGCCAACUCGGAAAGUGAUGUCUCGCGCCGAGAAGGAUCUGCAAAACACAUUGGAUGCGUCAACGGAACUGGCUGAAAUAUCCGAUAGAAUGUCUCAGAUAGAGAAAUUACAAGCUGAACUUAUUCAACAGCGCAUGGCAGUCGAAACGGGCAGUGAUGAGGAAACGCGACUGGUCGAACUUCAGAUUCAGUUGACGAAUGAAAAGGACGAUCUUGUGAGGAGACAAGACUAUCUCAAUGUCCUGGCUGAUCUCAAUGAAACCAAGGAGAAGCUGGACAAAGUUACAAAGGAAUUUGAUUCUCUCGGAGCGGGUGUGUUGAUCAAGAAAUUACGCAUGAUGUUAUUGUGUAUUCCACUAUGAGUCAUAUUGUAUUUACAUGAUAUUUUUUAGAUGGCAUUGCCCGAACAGAAGAAGAAAAACAACGAGUUGAUGAUCUGAUGACUGAACUCAAAGAAUUAAUGGACAAAAAGAGUGAAUUGACACAGGAAUUGCAUCGAAUGGAGGAUGAGUAAGGCACUAUCUAUCUUAAUAUUGGGUCAUACUAGUCGCAGAUAAUAUUGUUGUUGUUUUAGAGAAGAAGAACACAAAGAAAGGGGUCGAGCCACACUCGAGAGAUCCAAGAACUUCAACCGUGGUACCCCCCAGCAGCCUUUGUCGGCCUCCAAAAGACUGAUGAGCAUGUUCACCAAGAACUAA